GACGCUCCCAAACCCAAACGCACCCAAAAGACCGAUCCAAGCAUACGCGCGCCAACCCCAGACAACGCCAACAAAGACUCCCGAAAAAGAGGCUCCCAUCCUGGACGGACGGAUAUAUAAACCCCCCCAACUCACUCAGGCAUAAGCUUUCUCAGCCUCCUGGCUACGCACACCCAACCCAUCCCAUCCCAUCCCAAACCGACGAACAUCACCAGCUAACUAACCCCACCAACCAAACCACCACCCAACCCCGAAUCAACAGACCCAACCCAAAGCUACUGGGUACAGCACCUCGCUUCAAAAUGUGCGAGCAAGUCUACCGCCACUACGCCGGGUGCAAUCACCUGUACCGGACGGACAUCCAGUGGUGCGCGGCGGCCAAGAGGCGGCCGGCGCCGCAGCGCGAGCCGUGCCAGCCCGCCAAGGAUCUGCCCAUGGUGCUGUCCAAGUGGGAGCGGGACAACGUGGGGCUGUGUGACCGGUGUCUGGAUCUGAAGCUGUACGGGUCCCCUGGAACAUUGAGGGGUGAAGCGGAGUUCGGGACACAGGCGGGUGAUGUAGAACCGGGUAGCUUAUAA